AGGUUAGAUCCGAGGUAGCCACCGGGGCAGAGGCACGCGAACGAAAACGUUCGGCGUCGCAAGCGGCUAUAUUUAGUGCAGUGUUGGCGCACACACACACAGAGUGGGCACGCAUUUCACGCUCUACGUUCCUCCACGUACGACAUUCGCCGGGUGAUGCAUCGUGGGGUUGCGGUAGUACGUGCCGUUUAGUGGUGUGAGGUUGUUCAGUGCUCCGAGGCACCAACGAUAGACUUAUGCGAGAUCGUAAGAUCAACUUCACCAAAGAGUAUAUAAACAAUAUUGUCAACCCGCUCGGUAACCGGCCAGAUCCGUUCGGUAACAGGACCGCAAGGACCACCGAGGCCAGCGCCGCCAGCGCCAGGGCUGCCGCCGCGACGCAACCCACGGAGAAUCAGCUCGACCAAGUCGCCGCCACCUCCACCGCAGCAGCCGUUUCAGCCGCCCCAAUGCUUAUGCAAAACGCCACCCCGACCUCCACCGAAGCAGAUAGCCUCGUUGGAGGUCUUGGUCUCCUACCAGCAGGUCUGAAUGGUGCCAGCGUUCAAAAUCGAGACACCACAUGGACAAAACUUUUCGUUGGUGGUCUUCCCUAUCACACCACCGAUCGAUCUCUCAGAGAACAUUUUUCCGUUUACGGCGACAUCGAAGAAGCCGUCGUCAUCACCGAUAGGGCUAACGGAAAGAGCAGAGGAUAUGGAUUUGUCAUCAUGGGUGAUCGACAGUCCGCCGAGAGGGCUUGUAGGGAACCUAAUCCCAUCAUCGAUGGCAGAAAAGCCAACGUUAAUUUAGCCAUCCUAGGGGCCAAACCCAGAGGCAAUGUUCAAACUGGGUUUCCCUUUCCGGGGGUGAGGGCAGGAUACCCGACUCUUCUACCAGGACAAUACGGGAUGCCGGGGUAUAUGUACCAGUCGCCGUAUUUAGCGGCUACAGCUCCUGGAACAUUAAUGCCUCUACCCGCCACGCAACUCUCUCAGGCAGCGGCAUUAGCAGCUACUUCGCAAUUUUAUGAAUACCAAAAUGCUGCUGCAAUGGCUGCUGCGGCAACCGCCCCCUACACAGGACAAUAUCCAAACGGUUUCGAUGCUUACACACCGUACGCAGGCGCAGCUGGUGCUGGAUAUAUGCCAUAUACUUAUGCGCUGCCACAAACACCAAGUUUGCCAACAGCAACAGCGACGGCAUUUCCAGGAUUACCCUAUCAGGCAGCAGCCGCGCAAGCGCCCAGCAUGCAGGAAGCAAGAUUGCCGUAACUGACGGUUAAAGUAAAAGAUUCCCCCGUAAGACGACGAACGAAACCAAUGAUGAUUAUUCCAAAGGGAAGUAGUUACACAACUUGAUAAUAUGUAUAAUUUAAAAGCAGAUACUCAAGAUCGCUGACUUUGCAGUUGAGUUCCUUGUUGGUCUGCAAAGGUACGUGCAAUCUCGGUAGUGUAACACGAUUAACUAAUUAUCAUAAAUUAGGUAUAGACUAGAUAGUCAAUUCUCGAUUUAAUAAUAAACUAAUUGAGUUGUUAGCGCAAGUCUAGUCUGAUCGCGAUCGUUUUUAUUUACUUUACUAGGAUUAAAGGAGUAGCUAUUUAUUCGUACAAUACUCGUUAACCUUACCAAAAUAUUAGCUAGUCAAAUGGUUAUAAAACUGGACAAAAAAAUUGGUAAAGGGUGCCUUAUAUCCGAAGGUUGAAUGUUUUAAACUUUGUGAUACGGUGUACUUAAACAGCCUGCAAUCUAGUCAGAGAAUAAAAUCAUAACCGUCCAGGUGGUUAGUGCCUUUUUUUGUAACACAGGGGGCUGUUGCUAUACAAAAGAACUACUAGAUAACAUCGGCACAUAAUCGAAGCGUUACUUAUUUUUUGCCAAAUCGUUGUGGAAAGAUAAGAAAUCUUCUGUCCUAAUUAUUAUAUACAAAGAUUACUAAGUUUAGGAUAGUUAAAAUAAAUUCUAGUUGAUAAUUAUUUGUUAAGAGGAUACCUCUUUUAUUACUAUCUAUUAGCUUUGUUCCUCAGCGCAAAAUAAAACAACGUUUAUUAUUGCCCUGAGGAAAAAAGCAAUUUUUAAUUAUAUUAUUAUUUAUACUUUUUGAUGAAAUAUAAAGAUGAAUAGGAGGCGCCAUCAUUUAUUUAUAUAUCGACAAAGUUGUACCUAUGUAUGUCAAUAGUUAUUAUUUUGUAAAAUUUACUAAGAUUAUAAUAUAGUUAAGUUAAAUAAAUAUUUAUAAAGGAG